AUGGGAGUUGAAGAGAUUGCUAUGCUCUCGUACCCAUCAAUGGGAUGUGAAGAUAUUCUUGUGCUCUUGUACCCAUCACUUAUGAAGUUUGACAAAUAUAAGAGUAAGGUGAUCAAGGGGAAGCUGCCCUACAAGUUUCCCUUUUGGUUUUUACCUAUGGAUGAAAAUGCUUCAAACUCUUUGAAGCAUUUACAUCUGGAUAGUUUUAUUCUUAGACCAUCUUCUCAGUUUUUUGCUGCAUUCUACUGUUUGAUAACCCUUCUACUGGAAUAUACAUUGCUUUCAAGAGACUUUAUUUCUCUUGCCUUCGAUCACACUUUCAUCAUGGGAAAGGAAGAAGAAUCAAACAUCAACUCCACUUUUUUCUCCAAUCAACAGGCACACCUCUUCAAUUUGCUUUCUGCGCUCACACCAAAUCAAUGUCAACAACUUAUAGCAGCUAUAUCCAUGGACUUGGCUACGGGAAGGACGAUUGGCUUGGGUAAACAGCGAGGAGGCCUUUACUAUAUGUCGCUGCUAAACACAGCCUCGCUUUCUUGCCAUGUUUCCCACACAUCCAGCCUAUGGCACCAGCGUCUUGGCUACCCACUCCAUUAUUAUCCAACAAAUCACCCUAUGAGAGACUGUACAAUCGACCCCCCCACACUUGCUCACCUUAAGGUAUUUGGGUGUCUUUGCUAUGCCACUGUUGUUCAACCAUUACAAAAAUUUGAUUCACGUGCCCGUCGUUGUAUUUUUGUUGGCUAUCCAACAGGUCAAAAGGGCUAUAGGCUUUAUGAUUUGGCUACAAAACAAUUUAUUGUUAGCAGGGAUGUCAAAUUCCAUGAACAUAUUUUUCCUUAUUCAUUUGCACCCCGAGAUGACCAUCAACAAAACUCACAAAGUGUUUUGCCCCUCUUUUUGCCUACUCCUCACACAUAUACAGGCACUCCAGACCCUCAUAUAGUCCCCAUUAUUUCCUCACCUUCCGCUGAUAUACCACAUCCUUCAUCUCAAGAGUCACCAACACCAAUAUCUCUACCUCCUUUGUCCCAUGAUGCCACCCAAGAGGUCCCCACCCAACCUUCCACUACUUUUCCUCCCUCUCUCAAUGAAUCGACCAUCACUGCCUCUCCAGAUGACAAUACUUCGGACCCCACCUCAUCACCUCUUCCUAUCCCUACUAAUCCCAGACAGUCUACUCGACUCCGCCAACCACCAUCGUGGCAUAAAGACUACCACAUGUCCAACACUAUGUUUACCCAAGUGCAAUUAUCUGACUCUACGCCAACUCCUGUUAAAGGUCAUAGAGAGCCCACCUCAUAUGCCCAGGCUGCUCAGGAUCCUCUUUGGCAGCAAGCAAUGAAAGUUGAAUUAGAUGCCUUGCAACACAACAAAACUUGGAGUCUUGUUCCCUUGCCUGCCGGUCAGAAACCCAUUGGAUGGUACACUCAAGUGGCUGGCGUUGACUAUUUUGAGACCUUCUUACCCACUGCUAAACUUACCACUGUCCGCUGCCUCUUAUCCGUAGCAGCCUCUCGCAAUUGGUUUAUUCAUCAACUUGAUGUUCAAAACGCCUUUCUUCAUGGCGAUUUGGAGGAAGAGGUGUACAUGGUUCCUCCUCCUGGACUUUGCCGACAGGGGGAGAACUUAGUGUGUCGGCUCAACAAAUCUUUGUACGGUUUGAAACAAGCCUCUCGACAAUGGUUUUCUAAAUUUUCAAGUGCAAUACAAAAGGCUGGGUUUCACCAAUCACAAGCAGACUAUUCUCUUUUUACAAAGGUUCAUGGUAAUUCCUUCACUGUAGUUCUGAUUUAUGUGGAUGACAUAAUUCUUACAGGCAAUGAUCCACAAGAGAUGCAACUUCUGAAAGCAUUUCUACUCAAGCAUUUCCGUAUCAAAGAUCUUGGUCUUUUAGGGGCACGCCCUGAUAAAUUCCCAAUGGAGCAACACUUGAAACUCACUCCCACAAAUGGUGAUUUAUUAGAUGAUCCCACACGGUAUAGGAGAUUAGUGGGCAGAUUAAUCUACCUUACUGUGACGAGACCAGAUAUUCUAUACUCAGUACAGACCUUGAGUCAAUUCAUGCACCAGCCAAGAAAACCUCACUUAGAAGCAGCUUUUUGUGUUAUGAAGUUCAUUAAAGGCACUCCAGGUCAGGGAUUAUUUUUCCCAACUAAUAAUAAUCUCACAUUGAAGGCUUUUUGUGACUCGGAUUGGGCAAGUUGUCCUACCACAAGAAAAUCAAUUUCCGGCUACUGUGUCUUCCUUGGAGACUCUCUUAUUUCUUGGAAAUCAAAGAAGCAAUCAAAUGUUGCUCGUUCGUCUGCAGAAGCCGAAUAUCGAGCCAUGGCAGCCACUUGUUUGGAAUUAACUGGUUGCGUUAUAUAUUGCAAGAUUUGGGGGUAA